UCAGAAAUGUCACCACUCAACAUUUCAAACCAUGGAAAAAUUUCGCCUACUUGUCGGACAUGGAGGAAAACGAGGCAAAAUGCAGUGGAGGGAAACAGUGCCUCACGAGAACACCGGUUGGUCACUACCACACAUGCGCAAUCGUCGGUAAUAGCGGGAUUCUUCUCGACAGCAACUGUGGGAACGAGAUCGAUUGUUUCGACUACGUCAUCAGAAUGAACAUGGCGCCCAGCAAAAAUUAUGAGAAGGACGUAGGAACGAAGACGAACAUGGCUUUCCUCAACUUCGUCCUUGCUAAAAACCUCCUGGGAAAGCUAUCAGACAACACGAAACGAGAAGAAGUCUUGGAAAGCCUGUCGUAUCUUAAGCACGGUGUUCUCUGCUAUGUCAAAGCGUUUACAGACAGAGUGAAGGAAUCUCUGCGAGCACUGGACACCACUCUGGCACAGAGCAACAUGAACAUCUCAGUCACAUACUCUAUGCAAUAUUUGCCAUAUCAUACCACUCGCGUGUUACGCCCACUGGUCCCCAACUUGACCUUUCCAACAUCCGGGCUCAUGGCUUACAUCCUGGGAACGACGUUCUGUGACGUCAUCACCCUGUACGGCUUCUACCCAUUCACCACGGACAUGCGCAAUAGGACGCUGUCUUAUCAUUACUAUGACCACAUCCCGGUUGAUCACAAAACUAGGCACCACUUCAAUAUUGAAUAUGAGUUUCUUACAUCUCUUCACAAAAAUGGGGCUCUUAGGUUGGUUUCAGACAUAUGUGGAUGA